AGGGCGACUCUGUGGGCGUAAAUAUGAAUAAACCAGGGGCAGCUGGAUUUCCAGUCAUUUGGCUUCCUGUCUCAGGUGGGGAGAUUGCAGUGGCUCCAGAUCAGCUUUAUGCUGCUGCUUCCGGAUCUGACGCUGACUUGAAUGGUGGCCGUGGUGACUUACGUGUCCCCAGCUCACAGCUGGCUAGGGCCAGUGGAUGACGGUGGAUCCCGACAGUAGCAGGCUCUGGCUUGUGGUCCCACUUGCACAAAUUCUGGAGCCCCAGCCCUCCGUUUCUCUGGAAGGGUGUCCUGUCAUUAUCCAGCCUGGUGUCCAGAUCAAGCACACAGUCCCUGGAGUCAGAAGUGUUCCCAGCGUGGGUCAGACUAAGUGGUCAAAGCCCAGCAGCAUCACUUACGAGCGUUCGAACGGUCAGAAGACCCCUGAAAAUGUAUUUCCUGGAAAAACAUCCAGGGUCUGGCCACCCCUGUUGUCACCCCGAGCCAACACCAUCUCACCAUGGAUUCUCCUGGACCCCUACACUCUACCCUCAACAUGCCAGCCAGAGUGCCCCUUGGAAAAUAUAAGGUGGCACGCCCUCACAUGGGGAUGGAAGCAGCUGCCUCACAGCUGGAAGUACGUGGAGCCCCCAAGGAUGCCUGGGAACCAGCCAUGGCAUCUGACCUUUGCUGCAGGAGAGGCUCUUCUUAGGAGGCGAAGGAAUUGGCCCGCAGGCUUUUACAACCUCCCUUUGACUUCAGGCGGGGUCGGACAGGUGGAGCCUAGUCUCAGCUCCAUGGCUGGAGUGACCUGCGUGGACGUGAGUGGGACCUUAUCCACGUCCCAUCUCCCUCAGAGGAAAAGCCUCAGUCUUUACAAGAGCCCACGACGCCCUUGACCAGCUGGAUCCGGUCACCAUGCCUGCAUCACCUACUUUCCACUCCCAGCCCUCCCCCACCCUCCCCUCCAGCCCCCAGCCGCCUCCUGGCUGGUCCUCGGACACUCCGGACGCUCUCCUGGCCGGGGCUGUACACCGCUGCCCUGUGGCCAGGCACAGCCCCGAGGUCCCCCCGAGGUCCACACGGCUCACUUGUUGCCUCCUUAAGUCUUUGUCCCACCUUUACCAACAAGCCCGCUCUGA